CGACGAGUCUCGGAGAGUGCAAGAAAAAAAAAGAACGGAAACAGGUUAAGAAACACGGUGAACUCUUUGUCAGUUCUCGUUCAACUUCCGAAGGAUCACCAUCUGCUGCUGUUUGACCAGACUUCAUUUAAACAUGACUGACUGUGAUGUGAUUAUUGUUGGAGCAGGGAUUAGCGGUUUAAGCUCAGCAAAAUUGCUGAGGGAUUAUGGGAUCGAUGUUAUUGUGUUGGAAGCACGUGAUCGUGUUGGAGGACGAACGCUUACGAAAAGGAGUCCUGAGGUCAAUUAUGUGGACAUUGGUGGAGCUUAUGUUGGACCCACGCAAACUAACAUAUUACGAAUGGCGAAGGAGCUUGGUGUGGAUUUUUAUAAAAUCAACGAAGAUGCCGACCUUCUACUGUACCGAAAUGGCCAGAGAAUGCGUUUCGGAUCAUGUGAUGAUCCCAAGCGAGACUUCUUCGCCGAUCUGGAUAUAAACACCAUCAGCUCACUCAUUGAUAAAAUGGGAGCCGAAAUACCCAGUGACGCUCCUUGGAAAGCCCCAAAAGCUGACAUCUGGGACACAACCUCCUUUGACACAUUUCUCAAGAAGCAUUGCUGGACUCAGGAAGGUUAUGACUACUUCAAGUAUUUUGCUAACAUCAACACUGCCUGCGAUCCCUAUGAGUGUUCUUUACUCAGCAUGUUGUGGUACGUUAAACAAUGUGGGGGAGUCAGGAGUAUAAAUACAACCAAAAACGGCGCACAGGAAAGAAAAUUUGUGGGAGGUUCACAGCAGAUCAGUGAAAGACUAGCUGAAAAAUUAGGAGACUCUAUAGUCAUCAAAAACAGUCCUGUUGUCGGAAUUAAUCAAGAAUCUAAAGACCAUGUCCUAGUAUAUACUUUGAAAGGAAAAGAGUACAAGGCAAAAUAUGUCAUUCUUGCCUGUCCCCCAAUCAUACAGAUGAAAAUCCACUUCACCCCAUCGCUGCCUCCCCUGAGAAAUCAAAUGAUGCAAAGAAUGCCCAUGGGAACUGUCAUGAAGGUGAUCCUUUAUUACAAAACAGCAUUCUGGCGAAAAAAAGGGCUAUGCGGAUCCAUAUUCAUUGAAGGAGAUGAAUAUCCAGUAUAUGCUAUUAUGGAUGACACGAAACCGGACGGAAGCUAUCCAGCACUCAUUGGCUUUAUAUCUGCAGACAAAGCACGCCGAUUAGUCCAUUUGAGUCAAGAAGAACGCAGAGACAUGUACGCCAGAAGUCUAGCGGAAGCAACGGAUUGUCCCGAAGCGAAAGAGCCCAUACAUUAUGAAGAAAAGAACUGGAUGGAAGAAGAAUAUUCAGGUGGAUGCUACACAGCUGUAUAUGGACCUGGUUUCUUUACAAGAUAUGGAAAAGUCCUGAGAGAUCCUGUCGGCCGGCUGUAUUUCGCUGGUACCGAAACGGCCGUGCGUUGGUCAGGAUACAUGGACGGCGCUGUCGAAGCAGGGGAGAGAGCGGCACGAGAAGUUCUUCACAAAAUGGGCAAGAUUUCUGAAGAUAAAAUAUGGGUGGAGGAACUCGAGUCGAAGGAUAUUGUUGACGAGCCAUUUGGGAAGUCAUCCGAUGAAAAACAGUCAUCUUCUGUAUCAAAAAUUCUCAAAAUAAUGACAUUGUCAACGUUUGUAGGGGUUGCAUCUCUGGUAUUUAUGCAAAACAAGAUAUUCACAUUUGAAUUUUAAGAAAUAUUAUAAUGCUGUUUAUAAUAAAAUAACGGCUUAUUAUAUUGUAUUUAUAACACAACUAUUUUCUUAUGUUUGUAUAUGCAUUUUAUUUUUUA